CCGCCGCCCGCAAGAUGUCCACGCGGACGCCGCUGCCCACCGUGAACGAGCGGGACACGGAGAACCAUACCUCCGUGGAUGGAUACGCUGAACCACAUGUCCAACCCACCAAAUCGAGUAGCAGACAAAACAUCCCCCGGUGUAGAAACUCAAUUACAUCUACAAAUGAAGAACACCCUCACAUUGGAAAUUAUCGCUUACUAAAAACAAUAGGAAAAGGAAAUUUUGCCAAAGUGAAGCUAGCAAGACAUGUUCUUACUGGAAGAGAAGUUGCUGUGAAAAUAAUAGAUAAAACCCAGCUAAAUCCUACCAGCCUACAAAAGUUAUUUCGAGAAGUACGAAUAAUGAAGAUAUUGAAUCAUCCCAGUAUAGUAAAAUUAUUUGAAGUUAUUGAAACAGAAAAGACACUGUAUUUGGUAAUGGAAUAUGCCAGUGGGGGAGAGGUGUUUGACUACUUAGUUGCACAUGGAAGAAUGAAAGAAAAGGAGGCACGUGCAAAAUUUAGGCAGAUUGUAUCUGCUGUGCAAUACUGUCAUCAAAAGUGCAUUGUUCAUCGUGAUCUCAAGGCAGAAAACCUUCUACUUGAUGCAGACAUGAACAUUAAAAUUGCAGAUUUUGGUUUUAGUAAUGAAUUUACAAUUGGUAACAAACUAGACACUUUUUGUGGAAGCCCACCCUAUGCUGCUCCUGAACUUUUUCAAGGAAAGAAAUAUGAUGGCCCAGAGGUGGAUGUAUGGAGUCUUGGAGUUAUUCUUUACACACUAGUCAGUGGCUCCUUGCCAUUCGAUGGUCAGAAUUUAAAGGAACUGAGGGAGCGAGUAUUACGGGGGAAGUACCGUAUUCCAUUCUAUAUGUCCACAGACUGUGAAAAUCUACUGAAAAAACUAUUGGUACUGAAUCCAAUCAAACGAGGGAGCUUAGAACAAAUUAUGAAGGAUCGGUGGAUGAAUGUUGGCCAUGAUGAGGAAGAAUUAAAGCCAUAUACUGAGCCAGAACCAGAUUUUAAUGACACCAAAAGAAUAGACAUAAUGGUCACUAUGGGUUUUUCAAGAGAGGAGAUCCAUGAGUCUUUAGUAAAGCAAAAGUAUGAUGAAGUCAUGGCUACUUACCUGCUUCUAGGCAGAAAACCACCUGAAUUUGAAGGAAGUGAAUCCCUGUCCAGUAGUAACCUGAGUCAAAGGUCUCGACCCAGUAGUGACCUCAACAACAGCUCUAUGCAGUCUCCUGCUCACCUGAAAGUCCAGCGGAGUAUAUCGACCAAUCAGAAACAACGACGGUUCAGUGAUCAUGGUGGGGAUGACAUUCAAACAAUUGGUCCAUCAAUUCCUCCUGCUGUAUCAUACACAAAAAGGGCUCAGGCAAAUAGUGUGGAAAGUGAACAGAAAGAGGAAUGGGACAAAGAUGUGUCGCGUAAACUUAGCAGCACUACAGUUGGAUCCAAAGGAGAAAUGGCAGCAAGUCCACUUGUAGGUCCAGAAAGAAAGAAAGCGCCUGCAAUUCCAAGUAACAACAUAUUUCCUGUUGGUGGAAUGACCAGAAGGAACACGUAUGUUUGUGAGCGCUCUUCAGAUCGCUAUUCUGCAAUACAGAAUGGGAAAGAUAACAGCCUAACAGAAAUGUCUGCGAGUAGCACAUCUUCUGCAGGCUCUGCUGUUGCUCCUGCUGUAUCAACACGACCUCGACACCAGAAAUCUAUGUCUGCCUCUGGUCAUCCUAUAAAAGUUACGCUACCAACCAUCAAAGAUGGCACUGAAGCUUAUCGACCAAGCAGUGCAACUCAGAGAGUGCCUGCUGCUUCCCCAUCAGCUCAUAGUAUUAGCACUACUACUCCAGACCGAACCCGCUUUCCUCGUGGGAGUUCAAGUCGAAGCACUUUCCAUGGUGAGCAGCUACGGGAGCGGCGCAAUGCCACUUACAAUGGACCACCUGCCUCACCUUCACAUGAAACUGGUGCAUUUACACACGCUAGAAGGGGCACUUCAACUGGUAUUAUAAGCAAGAUAACUUCCAAGUUUGUUCGCAGGGAUCCAAGUGAAGGCGAAGCCAGUGGCAGAACUGACACCUCAAGGAGUGCUUCUGGGGAACCAAAAGACCGAGAAAAGGAGGAUAGCAAAGAUUCCAAACCACGUUCUUUGCGAUUCACAUGGAGUAUGAAGACCACUAGCUCCAUGGACCCGAAUGAUAUGAUGAGAGAGAUUCGAAAAGUGUUAGAUGCUAAUAACUGUGACUAUGAACAAAAAGAGAGGUUUUUGCUCUUCUGUGUUCAUGGUGAUGCACGACAGGAUAGUCUUGUUCAAUGGGAGAUGGAAGUCUGCAAAUUGCCACGAUUGUCACUCAAUGGAGUCCGCUUCAAGAGAAUAUCUGGGACUUCUAUUGCAUUUAAGAACAUUGCAUCCAAAAUUGCAAAUGAGCUUAAGCUGUAAAGAGAAACUAAAUUUAUGGGAUCAGGGAAAAUUCAUACGUGAACUACACUUACGUUUUGAAUGUACUGGUUACGCCUAGUGUGAGUGGCC